AUGUCUGAAGUUAAACAACCAUUCUUCGACGUUGUCAUGCUUGUUGUCUCGAUGGCCUUUCGUGAUGGAGUGUUUGAAAGCAAUAUCCGCUCACUUGAAGACAUUUUUGCCACUCGUGUGCAACCACCGCGUCAUUCCUUGCAGCUGAAAUUUGUCAAAGAAAAACUCAAUGUGCCUGUCUGCCGUCAGCCUGUUUCGACCUCUUGCGGUAUCAGUACACAUGAGAUGAAACCUCUUAGAUAUCACACAUAUUUGUUUUAUCUCAAGCGGUUGAGCCUCGCAGUGGGGAUGCCUCGCGCUAUGAGACCUUAUGACCAACGGCGUGGUACUGGUGAGGCAGUCGAAAAAACAGCACCUCUUCCUUUGCUCCAGCAGGUGAUGGGUCAUGUAUAUGCCAGUACUUUUCAGACAUAUAUGAAUCAACGAGUCCAGUCUCAUGUUCAAGCCGCAUUCCUUGGAAUACCUUCGGAGGAUGCAUUGAUGAACAUUCUUAGUCACCAAAGCCGCUAUAUCGACCCUCGGGCUCCUGCUCAUUACGACGAUUUGCCUGCUAGUACACGAGCUUCACUUUCGACUCACCCCGAAAUAGUUGGCCUCCAAGAAAUGCGUAAUGCCAUUGCCAGAGAAGCCAAAGAGAUGUAUGGAUCGAUGAAGAACGCGGUUGGCACCAAAAUUGGAGAGCUCAAAGCCAAGACGGAGGCUGCAUUGCGAUGCGCCAAGGCAAAAUUGAAGAAAGAUACAUUCAAUGGAGCACGCGGUGAAUUCUUUGCCACGAUCGAUACUCUUGAGAUUAAUAGACAGCUCGAUCCGUCGCUCUUGGAUAUUGACAAGCAGGCUUAUGAGCCCGAGAAGAUUGUUCAUCGUUUGAACGAACGUCGCCAGGUAGCGGAAUUGAUGCAAAUCUCCAUGCAAGGACUUUCGGAGAAGGAUGAUAUGGCACAGCGAGUCAAUCUGGUCAAUGCACUGAUUGAGCUCGGCCGUGUUGGGAAAAGCUGCCUCAAGGGAAAACAGAGCCUCCUUCAUCUCCGGAACCUCGAGAUUGUCCCAUCUCGCUCACCAAUCGACAUUGCCUUUUCUGCAUUUUUGAACCGCAUUACCAGUGCUACUUUGCUUCGCCCCGAAAAGCUCGAGAACAUUUCGAAAAACAUCUUCGGAAUUAUAAGCCAACUGAGCCCAUACCCUGUCCUGACGAAUAUUGCCAGCUUGUGUUGA